AAUAAAGAUAUUCAUUUGCCAACGAUAGCAGUUACUUUCAACGUAAAAGCUCCACGGAACCACAUCAAAGUUAAACUUCGAGAUGUUCAGGUACCAAGAUUCCUUCCUUGCGGCCAUGUAUCAAACACCGCAAUACGUACAGAAUAAUCAGCUUCUGCUGCCACCUCCACCUCAUUAUAGUUCUCACUUCAUGGAAGAGAGCAGAAUUUGCAACCCUUCACAGCCUUGCUUCAUGGCCAAACAAUCCACAGCCUACAGUCAAUCUGCAGCAGAGACAUUUAGCUCAAACGUCCACGGAUCUCAACUGCCUUUUAACUUCGGAUCAGACCAAAGAACACUGAUACCUCAGACUUCCUCUGCUAAGCUUAACAUCUCUGAACCUUCUACCAGUUCAGAGAUAAUGCACCACCCUAUUCCCGUUUACUUCCGCGUAAAACCGAAUCUACGAACUCCAAGCGGCAAAAGAUGUCGAAAAUCACGUACCGUUUUUACGGAUCUGCAACUGCGUGUCCUGGAGAAAACCUUUUCAGAGCAGAGAUACUUGGAUUCAACAAAUCGAGCAAAGCUUUCGCAUAUUCUUUGCUUGAACGAAGCGCAAGUGAAAACUUGGUUCCAAAACAGAAGGAUGAAAUGGAAAAAGAAAGCGCAGAAAGCGGAAAAACCUGAUAGCUCGACCGCGGUCAAGAAAACAGACAAAAAAGAGCCAGCACUGGAAGAGAACGGACCAGGAAACACCAACAAAUGAACACGUAAAAAUUUCCCAAAAUUAUUUUGAAGUUAGAAACUAAAAGAUACAAUAAGAGAGAAUUCGUAACUCAACCUUCUACAAUCAUUUACUGUAACUAAUUAUAAAUGUGGAAACAGAUACUAGUGUAACUUAGACAUGAUAGCGCUAAUUUUACGGAAGUCGAGGGAGACGUUGGGAAAUUGGCAAAAGUAAAGUUACAGUUUUGUAUCAGAUAAAAAAAAUUAUCAGUCGAGCAAAUCUGCAAAAGAAGAACAAAAUUAAAAACACUUUCCUUUAUCUGUGCUGGCGGGCCCUGUCUUUCAUCUUUAAAAAGCAAAUAAUUAGGACACUUAAGAAGAUCAAGUCACAACAGUUGUGAAUGUCAAAAAAAUUACUGAGAAAAAAAAAGAUAAAGUAACGUUUUAUAGUUAGGUUACUACUCAAAAAUCAAUUUUGGGAAAAAGGAAACUGUAGAAAACACCCUUUCAAUCCCUAGGAGAGUUAUCCUUCCUUUGAAAGGAACUGUUAGCGUGAGCAGUGGACGAAAGUUUAUUGAAAAGUAUUUGUAAAUAUCAACUUUAGACGUUUCCUGAUCUAAUGAAAUAUACAAAUGAUGAAGUGA